UGCAACUCUCGAUAAAUGGCUAAAAAGGAAACGAUUAUCCACUGGUUUCGUAAGGGACUGCGAAUCCAUGAUAACCCGGCUCUUUCCCUGGCGGUUGAUAAGGUCCGGCAAAAUCCCACCAAGUACUGCCUGCGACCGAUAUUCGUGCUUGAUCCGGCAAUCCGCAAGUGGUUACGCGUGGGCCCGAACCGGUGGCGCUUUCUUCAGCAGACCCUCGUGAAUCUGGACGAAAACUUGAGAACAAUCAAUUCCAGACUGUACGUUGUCCGUGGAAACCCGAUACAGAUCUUCCCGGAACUGUUUGACCGUUGGAACGUGUCGCUGCUUACCUACGAACACGAUAUCGAACCAUAUGCGGUCCAGCGUGAUAAAACCGUCGAAGAACAUGCUCGGGAACACAACGUGACCACUCACGUCGAAGUAUCGCAUACCAUUUUCCACCCAGAAACGAUUGUUAAACGUAACGGUGGGAAACCUCCACUCACCUACCAAAAGUAUGCAUCUCUGGCCUCGACCUGCACAAUACCGCUACCAUUACCAGCACCACAGAAGUUACCAGGGAAAGGGGUUGAACCGGAGAAGGAUUCUCAAGAACGUAAAGAUCAAUCAUGCUACGAUCCGCCCACCAUGAACGAGCUAGACGUUGAUGAAGGAUCGCUCCUGGAAUGCAAAUUCCCCGGUGGCGAAACCGAAGCAUUGAGUAGGAUGGAACAGUGCCUAAGUCGCAAAGCGUGGAUAUGUAGUUUCGAGAAACCGAACACAUCACCCAAUUCCUUGGAGCCGUCGACGACGGUGCUGAGUCCGUACCUGAAAUUUGGUUGCCUAAGCGCACGGUUGUUCUACAGUAGGAUUCAGGAGACUAUCAAGGGACAGAAACACUCGCAACCUCCGGUAUCGCUGAUAGGGCAGAUGAUGUGGCGCGAGUUCUACUAUUGUGUUGCCGCUGUGACGCCCAAUUUUGAUAAAAUGUCAGGAAAUGAUGUCUGUAUCCAGGUAGAUUGGGAUACUAACAAGGAAUAUCUGGAUGCAUGGACAGAAGGAAGGACAGGCUAUCCGUUCAUCGAUGCUAUCAUGCGACAACUGCGACAGGAAGGGUGGAUCCAUCAUCUGGCGCGACACGCUGUUGCAUGCUUUCUAACCCGUGGUGACCUUUGGAUAUCAUGGGAAGAAGGUCAGCGUGUAUUUGAGGAGCUUCUGCUCGAUGCCGAUUGGGCACUGAACGCCGGCAACUGGAUGUGGCUAUCGGCAUCCGCCUUCUUUCAUCAGUAUUUCCGCGUGUACAGUCCGGUUGCGUUCGGUAAGAAGACGGAUCCGGAAGGCAAGUAUAUCAAAAAGUAUGUUCCGGAGCUGGCCCGCUUCCCGUCCGGCAUAAUCUACGAACCGUGGAAGGCGAAUCUCGAAACGCAAAAGAAACUAGGCUGCAUCAUCGGGAAGGACUAUCCAAAGCGUAUCGUUGUGCAUGAGGAAAUAUCGAAAACCAACAUUCAACGUAUGUCGGCGGCUUAUCGGAGAAAUAAGGCGCUAAAGGAAGGUGGACAAUCGGAGGCGAGUGUCAGUGAGGAAGUUGGAAGCGGUAGUACAAGUAAACUAUCAAGUAAGCGAACCUCAUCUACCGUGUCCUCGAAAACGAAACCAUCUCCGAAGAAACGAAAGCUCGAAGCUACAAUAACCAAAUUUCUAAAGAAAAAAUAACUAACGUGCAGUUAGUUGGGCCAGGAAAUACUCAUUUAAUGGGAAGGUAUUACUAAAGGUGUUCCCGUUGAUCGUGAAUGCAGUAAAUGUUGUAUUUAAACUUUUAAAUAAACACUUCAGGGACGCAAAAUUGAAGGUAUACACAAUAUUUAUUCUGAAGUAUAUAACAUCUAUUAAAUACAUAUCUCUCUGCG